GAGACGUUCACGGUCUGAACGGCUUCACCAGCCACCGCUGCCGCCGCUGCAUGUCGCGUCCAGACUUCCCCACUUUUCUCCGUCAAUCCGCGUCUUCCGCCCCCGAAUGAAGAUAUCCAGGUAUGCCAAAGGAAAAAUAUGACCCUCCAGAUCCUCGCAGAUGUUACACCAUCAUGCCAGCAGAGGAGGUGGCCAGUGGGAAGAAGUGUCACUGGACUGAGCUCGAGAUAUCAGGUCGCGUGAGGAGCCUGAGCAGCUCGUUAUGGACGCUCACUCACCUGACAACGCUGCACAUCAACGACAACAACCUGAGCCGCAUCCCGCCGGACAUCGCCAAGCUGCCCAACCUGGUCUACCUGAACCUGUCGUCCAAUAAGCUGCGGAGUCUGCCCGCCGAACUGGGCAACAUGGUCUCUCUCAGGGAAUUGCUUUUAAACAACAAUCUAUUGCGAGUCCUGCCUUAUGAACUUGGGAGGCUGUUCCAGUUACAAACUCUGGGGCUUAAAGGAAACCCUUUGUCCCAGGACAUCCUAAACCUGUACCAGGAGCCCGACGGAACCAGGAAGCUUUUGAACUACAUGCUUGACAAUCUCGCAGUUCAUCCAGAGCAGCUGCCUCAAAGACCGUGGAUCACUCUGAAAGAGCGAGACCAGAUGAUUGCCACAGCCGUGUUCACAGUCAUGUGUUACAACGUGCUGUGUGAUAAGUACGCCACGCGGCAGCUCUACGGCUACUGUCCGUCCUGGGCUCUCAACUGGGAAUAUCGUAAGAAAGGCAUCAUGGAGGAAAUCACCAGCUGUGACGCCGACAUCAUCAGCCUGCAGGAGGUCGAGACGGAACAAUACUACACCUUGUUUCUAGAAACGCUAAAGGAGCGCGGCUACGACGGCUACUUCUGUCCAAAAUCUCGUGCCAAACUGGUUUCUGAACAGGAGAGGAAACACGUGGACGGCUGCGCGGUGUUCUUCAAGACCGACAAGUUCACUCUGGUGCAGAAACACACUGUGGAGUUUAACCAGGUGGCGAUGGCCAACUCUGAGGGGUCAGAGGUCAUGCUGAACAGAGUGAUGACCAAAGACAACAUAGGGGUGGCGGUCCUGCUCGAGGUCAACAAGGACACGUUCUCCGGUGGGAUGAAGCCUCCUCAGGAGCGACAGCUCGUCCUGGUGGCUAACGCUCACAUGCACUGGGAUCCCGAAUAUUCGGACGUGAAGCUGAUCCAGACCAUGAUGUUCCUGUCGGAGCUGAAGAGCAUCGCCGAGAGAGCGUCGGGCUCCGUGGCGACCGGCUCGCCGACCUCUGACCCUUCGUCCAUCCCUAUCGUCCUGUGUGCUGACCUCAACUCGCUGCCGGAUUCUGGUGUGGUCGAGUACCUGAGCGACGGCGGCGUCGCCGACAACCACAAGGACUUUAAGGAGCUGCGUUACAGCGACUGUCUGACCAACUUCAACUGCAACGGCAAAAACGGCAACUCUGACGGAAGCAUCACACACAGCUUCCAGCUGAAGAGCGCCUACGACAGCAAUCUGAUGCCUUACACCAACUACACGUACGACUUCAAGGGUGUGAUCGACUACAUCUUCUUCUCUAAGACCCACAUGAGCGUGCUGGGUCUGCUGGGACCUCUGGACAGCCAGUGGCUCGUGGACAACAACAUCACGGGCUGCCCGCACCCCCACAUCCCCUCGGACCACUUCUCCCUGCUGGCCCAGCUGGAGCUCCACCCACCCCUGCCCCACCCUCUCAACCCCCUCAACGGGCUGCACCUGCCCGUCAACAGGUAGUGCAGCCUGACGGAGCCCCGCCCACUGUCCCUCCUCCUGACCCUACCUUUUAAACACUGCCCCCCCCCCCCAGGUUUAUACAGGACCGUGUACAGUUCACUCAGAAACCAUCCGAACCCUUCCAGCUCUACGACACCGACCAAUAGGAGUGAAGUGUUGGCCCUGUUUGUUUUUGCACACUGUAAAUGUUUUAUUCUAUUUUUCCCUUUGAGAAAUUCUUGAUACCAAAUGUUGGGUUUGGGAUGAAGCUGCUUUUUGUUCUUCUUUUUUUUCAUGAUCACGGCCGACUGUUGCUAUGACGACAAACCUUUUUAACAUAAAUCUGCUCCACAGGUGUCAGCUGAUGUGAGUAAAUCUUUUUAGAGUUAAAAAAACAAAAAACACUACAUAAUCCACUACAAUUAAGGGCUGCAGCUCACCAUUGUUUUCAUAAUCGAUGAAUAGAGUCAAACAAUGUUGAUCAGUGUUUGUCAGACGCUGAAAUGAGUGAUUUUGAAUGAUUUCUUUGUUUUAUGGAGCAAAGAAACCAGAAAAUAUUCACAUUUAAGAAGCUGAAGAAUCACACAAACUGGUUUGAAUUAUUAAUAAAAAUACUCAAACAAUAAAUCGACUAUCAAAAUAGUUGACAAUGAAUUUAGUAAUCAAUUAAUAAUCAAUGAAUGGAAUAAUGGUUGCAGCCCGACUACAAGGAUGAGAAAAGGUACAGGUUUUAAAUUUAGAUCAGAUUAUUAUUAUUAUUAUUAUUAUUAUUAUUAUUAUUAAAAAAAGUUUUUAUUAUUAUUGAUAAUAAUAAUAAUAAUAAUAAUAGUAAUAAUUCUAAAGUUUUUAAAUUUAAAAGUUCUCACUGGUGUGGCGUCAUAGUUAACACUGAGCUUUGAAAUGAUAACAUGAAUUCAUCUCAUGACAACAUGAAUGCACUGUUCAGAGGAGGCUUUCAGAUCAAAUGACCGGGGACAAUAAAUCACACCGUCCCAUAUAAUCCACACGUCCGUUAUACAUUUACAUAUCACAGCAGCAGCAUUUUAGCUGAGUCACGUGUGUGAGCGGUGAAGAAUAUUUGUGACACAGAUGGAGAAUGAUGUGUUUGAAAUGACUCAAUGACACAAAUGUGUUGUUAACCACGAAAUAGUUUAAAUAAAGUCUAAAAGGAUGGAAUGGAGUUUGUGCUGUCCCUAGAAAAUAUGAAUGAUCAAAUUUGUUCCUAAUUGUUUGGCCUCAUGUCGUUGGCCAACGCAAACGUGCAGGUGAAUAAAGAAAUGAGCGCUUUGUUGUGGUGAUGUUCUGAAAGUCUCCUCCUCACAGUCCAGCGUGGACACGUUCACUUCUCUGCUGGAUUACGGGUCUCGUACGUUCUCACUGAUCAUGAUCAAUAAUCGGACGUGAGUUUUUUGCAGUGUGUCGACGGCUGCAGCCAAAUCUGCCCCAAUGCUGUUUAAAGAGCUUUUAAAGGGAUAGUUCAGGAUGUUUGGGGUGUGUGGUUGUAUCAGGUACUUUCAUGGUGAGUGUGAGCUCUUUUCCUUGUGCAAGUUUGUAAUCCACUCACUCUCCCACACCAAACCCCAUAGAGAAAAUCAGUGAUGUUAUCACACACACUCACUAAGUUCAAAUGUCUUAUUUUAGUGAAUUCAGCAUUUGAAAUAUUUCAUUUAGACUUAACUCAGUGGCACAAAGUGACCACACGAGGCAGCAGAGGAGCAGCUGUGUCCCCGCCAGCUAAAAUCACUGAUUUUCUCUAUGGACUUUGGUGAGAUGUGAACAUGUUCUUAAGAUAUCGUAGACUUAAUUAACUAGUCCUUUGUUAAGUGGUUAAAUCUAUUCAUUUUGAGCUCGGAGCACAACCACACAUCAGAAAACCUGAACUAUCCCUUUAACAAAUUAAAUAUAAUGCAUAUAAUGGCAAUAAUGCAACCCUAGUUGACUAAUAAUAAGCUUUAUAUUCUUUUUUUCUUUGAAAAUCUGCAGUCUUUACAGAGUAUAGUCCUGUUUGCCUUCAACUGAGUGGCCAAAGACCCCCCCCCCCCCCCAUAAAUGACCUGUGUGGUGAUGAGAUUAUAUUUAUUUAUCGUGCCAGACAAAGAAGAAAAGCAAACACUUCCUGAGAAGAAUCAGCUCAUGGUUCAUAAGCAGGAGCUGAAUGUAUUCACAGAGGCUCACACAUCAGAUUCCUGUGGACUCGCUACUUUGUAUCUGUGUCAGAUGAUUAGACGUAAUAGCCCUUUAUGUACGUUGCGUUGUAACUCAGGGCUGUGCUAUGCAUCGAGCAAAAACUACAAGACUCCCGGAGUCGCAGUGUACGAGCAGAACCACACAGGACAAAUCCUUCGUAAGCACAGGGGAUGUACGUACACACACACACACACACACACACACUCUGUUCAUGCUGCAGUUGUAGUUCAAUUCCCAUGUCUUUGUGCAUUUUUGAUAAAACUACUGCCGCACUUUUGCUCCAUUUCCCAAAAACAUCUUUGGGAAGUUCAAAAAUUCUCGAGUCGACAGAAAGUUUGAAAAAAAAAAAUGUUGAAAAUAAAUUUGUUUCAGAAAAACUGGA